AUGGGUGUUGAUUACUAUAAAGUCCUUCAGGUAGAUCGUAAUGCCAAAGAGGACGAUCUCAAGAAAGCUUAUCGCAAACUUGCUAUGAAAUGGCAUCCCGAUAAGAACCCUAACAACAAAAAAGAUGCUGAGGCUAAAUUCAAGCAAAUCUCAGAAGCUUAUGAUGUUUUGAGUGAUCCACAAAAGAGAGCUGUGUAUGAUCAGUAUGGUGAGGAGGGGUUGAAGGGGCAGAUGCCUCCUCCUGGUGCAGGUGGAUUUUCAGAAGCCAGCGAUGGUGGACCGACGACGUUCCGGUUCAAUCCGAGAAGUCCUGAUGACAUAUUUUCAGAGUUCUUUGGGUUUGCAAAACCGUUUGGUGGAAUGGGCGAUAUGGGUGGUAUGGGCGGUCAUCCUGGUACGUCCGGCUUUCCGAGGGGAAUGUUUAGGGAUGACAUUUUCUCGUCUUUAAGGAAUGCAACAGCUGGUGAAGGAUCUGGCAACGUGCCGAGAAAAAGUGCGCCGAUAGAGAGAACACUGCCUUGCGGUUUGGAGGAUUUGUAUAAAGGGACCACGAAAAAAAUGAAGAUUUCUAGGGAUGUUUCUGAUUCUAGUGGGAGGCCUACCACAGUAGAGGAAAUUCUAACCAUUGAGAUCAAGCCAGGUUGGAAGAAAGGAACAAAAAUAACUUUUCCCGAAAAGGGAAAUGAACAAAAAGGACUUAUUCCCGCCGACCUUGUUUUUAUCAUCGACGAGAAGCCUCAUAGCGUCUUCAAGAGGGAUGGAAACGAUCUUGUAGUCACUCAGAAGGUCACUCUCGUAGAAGCUCUGACAGGUUACACAGCGCAAAUAACAACCCUCGACGGAAGGAAUCUUACGGUCCCCGUCAACACCAUUAUCAGUCCAUCGUACGAAGAAGUUGUUAAAGGAGAGGGUAUGCCGAUUCCUAAAGAACCUUCCAAAAAGGGAAACUUGAGAAUCAAGUUCAACGUAAAGUUUCCGUCUAGACUUACAUCAGAACAGAAGACCGGCAUCAAGCGAUUAUUGACAUAA